AUGGCUACGUCUCCAAGCACACAGGAAGACAAUCUUCAGACCUCAUCCUCCCCAACCCCAUCUCUAGAUCCAACCUCCAAGCAAGACGACCUCGAACCUCCAACCACCUCAGCAACAGCAACAGCACCACCUUACUCUCCAAUCUACGCCACCGCCGAGCCAGCCAGUAUGCCCUCACCACCAGCCCCAGCACCAACCGACCCCCCAACAGCACCUAUACACCCGCCCCCAGAACCAGCUACUACCGCAACGACAGCGACAACGACUACUAAUACCUCACCACCACCACCUCAACCCGGUGCUCGACCACAACCUCCUCCACCAGAAACCCAAGAACCAAAAGAACCAUCUCCAUCAAACCCUCCACCCCCAGAACCAGCCGAUAUCCCGCGACCACAACCACAAGCUCCGCCCGCGGCAACCCAAAUCCCAGAUCCGGGUAUAGCUACAGCUACUCUCCAUCGUCGUUAA